UUUUCAGAUAUGUAACUCAAUGUAGCGAUAGUGGCGUAGAAGAGGAUUGUCCGGGAUGCGUCUCCAUGUAUUGCGUCUGUUGCGUCGAGGCGCAGAACGACGCUUUGCGAGAAAUUGAAAAAAUACUGAAACGUCUUGAAGAUGCAGAAGGCCUUUUUCCAUCAAGCAAAGCUUUCGCCGAACUAUAUCCUCUUUAUAGAUCUCCCGAAAUAGUAGGAAGGGUAAGGGCGAUGUGUCAGUGGUACAAUAUGACGAAAAUUCAAAGGCUAAAGUUGAAUAUUUUGGGAAAAUUGGUGGUAUUGUUAGACAGUAAACACUCGGAUUGGCCUUGUUGUACGAAUACGGAAGAAAACGGGUCGGGUAGCCCUUCUGAUAGCAACAACAGUACAAAUUCCUCUGGUAGUAUGACCAGUAGCGAUUGCUCCAACACGAACGAUCUUUACCAACCAAUAACACCCAUUUGCGAGCUCUUAGCGCCCAGAGGUCAAAAGAACAAAGUGUCACCUUAUAGGCGAUACAUCGAAAACAUUUUGAAGACGCGAGCACUCGACAAAAGUUUAAAUUUUCUGAGCAAACUUCACAACCACGUUCUGAAGAAGACUCAGUUGACGUUAGAGUAUCCUGAAGAUACGAGUAUUUUUUCAAAAACUAGCUGUAGUUCCGAAGAAGAGGAGCUCAGAAGGUAUGGCUGUUGGAGUCCCGAAUAUGAAGCUCUGGAUUUGCCGUCAUAUCGAACUCUCUUCAUAUUCCUGGCAACAGUACCUUUAGAAGUGCUCCAUGAGUACUUGUUAAUGAGAUUAGAGCAGAAACCCACCAAUCCUUCCGCUUUGAGUAUCAGGCAACUAAUGAGAGAGCUCAAACAGGGUUUACUCAAAGCUAUGCAAGAAAGAGAGCUUGCUUGCGGGUAUAUAGAGACUGCUACAUCGGAAACCGACAUAGCCACGGUCGAUUUUAAGGAAAAAGUGGAAAAAUUUGACGACUGCAUUUGUAAAAUUUUCACGGAUUUUCUGGAAUACUUGCAACAGUGGGUGUUCCUAAAUAAAACGUCUUUCCAGAAAAAUCUCCUCGAGGAAGAGUUCAAUUUUUGCAUGGUGGUUUGUACGAAAUUUCCGCACUUCAAGAUGAUGGUGGGUUCGAAAUUCGCUAACAUUUUAGGAACGAUAUUGAGAAUAACUGGCGAGAGGUUGAUUGAGAGAAUCGACGUCGAUUUAAAAACGUUGGCGGCAAACAACAAUGCUGAUGGAUUAAUCAAACAAAAUUUAUUUUCCUUUUGUCGUAAACUUCAGUCAGUAUUCAACGAGGAAAGGGAAAUAAGUUUAAAAACCAUGGGAUUCGUCAAAAUGCAUAUCAAACCUGACUUUGUUCCCAAGGAUUGCAUAACAUACAUUAAAGAUUCUAUAGUGGCUUUCAAAUGUAUAAUUCCUAAUAGCAUAGAAAAUGUACAAACCCUGUUUAAUUACUUAAAUCAUCCGACGUUAGAUGAAGCGGACAAAUUGGCUCUGAGUUCUAGAAUCAGGGAAAUAUUGAUGCAAAUCUAUAGAUUUGGAUUUGAAUUCUAUAAAGAUCUAUCAGAUUCAGCAUCGGAAGAUCAUCGAGCUCGUUUAGUACAAAGUAUGGUAAAUUUUGCCGAUCUCUGGAUGAAAUUCGUCACGGAACGUUGCGAAAGGGGACGCGGCAUGAGACCAAGAUGGGCAUUUCAGGGUAUUGAAUUUUUAUUAACAGUUUGCGAACCAACCAAUACGAAGCAUUUGUCUGAAGGGAAGUUUGAGGAACUUAAGAGGAAUAUGGAUAUUUGCAUAUCCCAUGUUAUAGGAACUACAGCACCAUCUACCCCUGACAGUGGAUUCCACUCAGCCUCUCCAAGAAGUAGUUUGGAACAAAUAAGAGCUAGAUCUAGAGGUUCAUCACCUAGCCCUAGGCCUACAUAUAAAAGUCAAAGAUCUGGACAAGGAAGAAAGAUAAGCAUUGAACAACAAUCACCAGGGACAGAUAUGUUAGAUUCUACGAUUUUAAAUACAAAUUUUCGCAAAGAAGAAAAGAACGGUCACACGUCAAUAAAAAUAGAGUUCCCUCAAAAAUCUCACACCGACAAGUUUAGAGAUGCCGUUGACACUCUGGAAAGCGAGUUGGACAAAAAGCUAAUGCAACAGAAUCUCAUUGGAAAAGUUUUAGAAGAUAAGACUAUAAAAAGUUCGAUAAUAAGGAGAAACGUUAAUUUUUCGUGGCAGCGCGGUAUCAAAAUCGGCCAAGGUCGUUUUGGUAAGGUGUACACGGCGGUAAAUAAUAAUACCGGUGACAUGAUGGCAGUUAAAGAAAUAGCGCUACAGCACAAUGAUAAUGGUACCAUAAAACGGGUAGCUGAAGAAAUGAAGAUAUUAGAAGGCAUCAUACAUAAAAAUUUAGUUAGGUCCUACGGAGUUGAAGUCCACAAAGAUGAAAUGUUAAUUUUUAUGGAAUACUGUUCGGAAGGCACUUUGGAAAACUUAGUAGCAGCUAGCGAGAAGGGUUUACCUGAACUUUUAAUACGUAAAUACACUUUUCAAUUGGUCUCGGGCGUGAAUUGUAUGCACGAACACGGCAUUGUCCACAGGGACAUUAAGACAGCUAAUAUAUUUUUAACCAAUGGUGGUAACUGUUUGAAAAUAGGAGAUUUUGGAUGUGCAGCUAAAAUUAAAUCCAGUACGACGAUGCCUGGCGAAUUGAAAGGUUUCGUUGGUACUCAAGCAUAUAUGGCUCCAGAAGUUUUUACCAAAAAUAUGUCGGAAGGACAUGGCAGAGCAGCUGAUAUUUGGUCAGUUGGGUGUGUGGUAAUCGAAAUGUCAUCUGGACAGCGGCCUUGGGCUCAAUAUGACUCCAACUUCCAAAUAAUGUUCAAAGUAGGAAUGGGACAAAGCCCGGAUCCCCCUGACGAUAUGAUAGACGAAGGUCUAGAUUUUCUCGAUAUGUGUUUCAAACAUGACCCCAAGGAGCGAGCGACUGCUCGUGAAUUACUGGCUCACGAUUUCGUGUUAGUCAAACUAGCGGACGACUUUAAAGAUAUAUUAUAAAAAGUAUUAUGAUUCGAAAACAUUGUUCUUUGUGAUUCAAAUUGAAUUAUUUUAAUUAUGAUGACAGUUCUUGUAAAAUAUUUAGAACUAGAGCUGCAACUUUUAAAAUUGUUAUCUCUUGUAAGUUACUUGUUUGUCAGUUGUGAAUUGUUAUUGAUCAAAAAUUUCAUUAUAUAUCUGCAAGAGAUUAAUUUUUUAAUUAUUUUAGAGGUGAAAUGGUUAAUAAAUACCUCGCUCUCUUAUAAAGAAAUUUUAUGCACUUAUAAAAUGUGUACUUUUUAAUGUUCAAUAUACUUUUUUCAAUAUUAUAUUUUCAACGAUUUUUUAUUAUAAAUACGAAAACAUAAAAUGUAAAAAACCACACUAGACUGAUAUAUUUUACAAGUGUGAUUUUAUUUUGGAUUAUAAUCGGAUGAUAUUUGACAAUUAUUGUUAAAAUUCACUUUUACGGCAAAUUUUAAUCUGUCAUUUUAACGUUUUAAACUAUAUGUUGUGUAUUUGUUAUGAUUUUUUAUUUGUAUAAGGCUGAAAUAAUGGACGAUUGUGAUUGUUAAAAAAUAUAAUGUGAUAAAGUGUGAAUCAGCUAUUUUGGUAGAUCAAUUUUAUGAUCCUUUAAACAGAAAUUGUAUUUUUGUCGCAAUUUGAAUGCAACACCCAGUAUAAUACCUGUACUGUGUAGCUGAAAUUGUAAGCUAAGAUAGAAAUAUAUAUUUAAGUAGCA